CUUUUCAUUCAAUCUGCAGAAUUUGAUUCGUGAGUGUGGAGGUUUGAAACGGCUUGUGGCCCUUUUAACACACCCAAGUGAAAAUAUCAACAUCAAGGCAGCCCAGGUUCUGUCCAACCUGGCAAUGAAUGAAAAAAAUCAAGAAAGUUUAAAGGGCAGCAUUCUUGAUGUGAUAAAAAACAUUGAAUACUGUGAUGUUCUCAGUAAUGAAGACAUGAUAAUAGAACAUUUGAGGCUCCUCGUUAAUUUGUCAGCAACAAAUAUUGCACAUGAUGAAAUCAUGACAGGGGUACAAGAUUUCUUCAAUAUGCUCUCUCAAUCUCUCUCAGGAAAAAUUCAGAGAGAGGUUUUGAGACUGCUAGUAAACUUGUCUUGCAAUGUUAAUAAUCUGGAAGGAUUACUGGAAUUUAAGCCACUACUUAUUCUCCAGACAUUUAUGCUCCCAGACAAUCAAGAUGACAUUGUUUUAAGAGCUGUUACAAUCUCAGCCAACUUACUUGCAAGUCCUGAUCAGUAUACAGAGCAACAACAAGCAGAGAUAACAGAACAUGUAAAUGUAUUGUAUGGAGAGCUAACAGGGCUGCUAGAUCAUCCGAAUGAUGAAAUUCAGUCACAAGCCAAGAGAGCACUCCAGAGUAUAUUUGCUUUUAGAAUGAUGUAUGGAACUUGAUGGAAAGUUGGGAAAAUAAACAAUGUAUUACAUCAAAGUAAAACUAUUAAAAAAAACUUGUUGUAAGAAAUCUGUAAAUUUGUCGUUUCAAUGAUCAUUCACAGGAAAGAACUAUUAAAAUUAACAGAGACUGUUAUAAAUACUUAUUACAUUAACUGUUCAAUGUUUAUCAAAGAAAGCCAAAUUUAGAAAGUUUGUAGAAAGGGAAUUAUUGUCACAGUACGUUGUUUCUACGUUAUGCACAGUCUGAUUUGGACAGGAACUACAAAACUGCCCAAAAUUGCCUCUAAUGUAUAUUGAAUUUUACUGCAAUGCAAUGUGUAGUUCCAGAAAUUAUCCAUACCUCCCCACAGAAGGGAUCUUGUAUAGGACCCUCCACUCAUCCCUCUGGAAAUUCCAAUUAAGCUUCAUACAUUUCUUUAAAUUUAUUGUUUUGGUCUUAUAGAAGUCCCCCACCAACAGGAAAUUCCAAUCCCUUCUGUGGGGAGAGCAUGGAUAUUUCCUGGAACUGCACAAUGGCGGCAAAAAGUUAACUGGAAAGAGGGAUCUUUUGUUCUCGUAUAAGUUUACUUUGUUCUUCUUUCUUCAUUCCUUUCUUUCUUGGUCUAAGUUUUGUUUCAGUUUAUUAAUAGUUCUUCUUUUCAUUGUUUCAUUUCCUUCUCUGUUUGUUUUCACACCCAAUUACUUACUGUAGUCUAACACUACAUACGACCUCUUCUUUGUCAGUUUCCAACAAUCUUAUCUCAAGUUU